AGCGUCGAAGAAUGACUGUUUGUUCAGUUUUGACGUUCAGUUGCUUGGGAAGAGACAUUGGAUUAUUGGUUGUCCCAGUUUGGAGUCAAAUAGCAGCUGUGAAUUCCCCACCAACUAGGCAUGGAACUCUAUACAGGGCUGCAUUACUUGUCACUGCUGGUGUGUCUCUUAGUGUUACCGCGUCUACCGUCUCCCCUAAAGUCUGUGGCCAACAACAGCGGGGAAGUGGAAGGUGUGCGGAUGCGUCUGCUAAACUUGGUCCUGACACAAGUGGGUCACAUCCCUGCCAAGGGCUUGUACGUUUGCUUCACACGUGCGAACAGGACAGCGCCUGACCUGGCCCUGCAAUACACCUCUACCUACACCCACGGCAACCCCAGCACACACACCUCGUGCACUGGUGACAUCACAUACCGCGGACCCGAGCUGGGCUGGUUCUGUCUGCCGCCGUGCCCGGGAGUGAUAACAACCCACCUGCUGAGCCCAGUCUUCGUGGUGGUGACAGGCCAUGACAGGAUAACGAGAGAGACCACCGCCGCCCUCGUGGAGUCUUUCACCCUCUCAGAUGUGGCCCCAACGAUGACUCAAGCCGGCCGAGGUGUCGUGGAGGUUCAGUGGACUGGGCGGCCUGGCAGCACGUUCCGCGUCCAGCUGUGGCACCACCCUCACGCUGCAGGAGAUGAUACAGCACUGGGCGAAGGUGAGACUGGAGAGAGAACGAGUACAAAUGAUGGGAUGGACGACGAAAUUUUGUUACAAAUUAGAGACUGUUACCAUGGGAGUGAUUACAACGACGACGACGACGACGACAACGACGAUGAUGAUAACGAUGACGACGACCACGAAGAAGAUAACGACGACUUCCUUAAGUGGAUGAGGUGGAGGCGUUGUGUGGCCCUCCAUGCCCCACGUAUUGUCCGCCCCGCCGCAGACCCCCCUGUCAUGGUGCACACCUCAGGGCCACGCGCCUGCCUCACCGACACCUACCUAUACUCUUACUACGUCACGGACGCUCCAACCUCUGGCUUUGCCUCUGUGGUGGUCGUGGACGUCACACACAGCCUUGUCCACGCUUACCACAGUGCCCCAACACCCUUGCGGGGGUGGGCCGCCCUGCCCAUAAAAACUGUUCAGAUAACCAGUGAAUACAUGGAGGCUGACCUGCGGUCCAAGGCAAUGACGGUCACUGUGCUGAACGGGCCGCCAGGAGAAGACAGGGCCAGCAGCAGGGAGGCUUCGGAAGUGGCAGGGAGUGAAGCAGUGGUGGCUGAGGAGACAGACCCGGCGGAAGAGGCCCUUCAGGUGGUGGUAAUAAACGGACACAACAACAGCGAGGCCCUCAGGAGUCAACCAGGGAAGUGUCGCCCCCAUUUAUUGAUGGGUGAUCAGGGCGUGGUGUGCUUGAUAAGGGGGCUGGAAACUCUAGUGGAUCCUGAGGGCCGGGGACCGAUCUCCAACCUGCUACUUCUCGCCAGCCACAACACUGCCGCCUCCACCCUCCUGGUCAUCACAGACGUACACGUGAGGGUGAGACGGGUAGGACCAGGCGCUGUGCUGGUGCUGUGGGACAGAGAUAACACCGUGCCGGAGUUUACUGUCAGUGUGGCUCUUGAAUCGGGAUCGGCCAACAACACCAUAACCGUCGCCUGUAAUAAAAGAGGAAGUGACUGCUUGGCGACCUUUGAAGACCUGGCGCCAGGACGGUACAUUGCUGAGGUGAGCUACGAGCGGCAGGCAAGGGUGAUUCUGCGGAAACCGUUCAUAGUUGAGGAAAAGACUGCAAGUGACGGCGAGUAGGCGAUGAUGCCAAGCCAGCGCCGGCAAGGGAGAAAAUGAUGAUGUUGACGCUGACAAAGAUGGUAAUAAGAAAAUGACGUUUUAGUUUCUGUAAUUUGUAAUCAUAAAGAUAAUGCACACAAUGUAACGUCUGUAAGGCACUGAUAUGUAAUUUCAACAUGAAUAAUAAGUAGUGUGCUGAUAAGAUUAGAAACUUGACGGUAUAAAGUUUAUUAGGCUGUUUGAGAGCCUACUGAGCCUGCAAAGCACAUCCUCCCAGAGAGCUAGAGAACAGAGCGAGAGACAAGAGGGCUGUGGGCGUGUGUGGCGAUUACUCAGUGAUUCACUCUGUCGGUAUAUAAAGUGUAAUCUUUGUUUAAAUAUAAAACCACAAAAUCCAAA